AUGUCUCAAAGGAAGAUGCUGCAAUUAUCAGCAGGAGCUGUGUUUCUGCUCCUAUCCUGUUUUGGUGACGUGGUCUUUGGAGAGAUUGGCAACAGCUUCUCCAAGUGCCACAGUUUCUUUUAUAAAGGAACUCCUCCAACAGGUAUCAGUGCAGCAGGAUACCAGCCAAUAUGCCAGCGCUACAAAAACCAGUACCACUUUGCCAGUUUGUAUCACCGUCAGCAUCGUGCACCUUUGUACUCUGCGUACAUACUCAGUCCUGCAGAUGGCAAACGACCCAUUUCAUCAUGGAAGUAUGAACCACAGUUGGCGUUUUCCCGUGCCAGCCCAGAGAUGCAACAGUUCCAAUACCCCGUGGACCAGAACGUGAUUGAGAGCCAGGCGGUGCUUGACGACUACAAGAACUCCAAGUUCACCAAGGGUCAUCUCAACCCCAGCUCACACCAGAAGACAAAAGAGGACCGAGAGGCCACCUUCACCCUGACAAACAUUGUCCCUCAGCAGCAAGGCUCCAACUCUGGCCCCUGGAGUGAUCUGGAGAAUGAGGUGUUAAGAAAAUUCAAGGCCUUCUGCAAAGGGUCCAUGUUUGUGAUCACCGGAGCCAUGCCUUACAAGUCUGGGCCCCGCUGGAUCAAAAACAGGGUGGCUGUUCCCGAGUACAUGUGGUCUGCCUACUGCUGCCCAUCCUACAGAUCUGACCUUCAUGAAUCUGUCAAGCCCUUUUUCCCCACAUACGCUGCAGUGGGAAGAAAUGACCGCAACAGUGGAGAGGAGAUUGUGCCGGUUGAUGUCAAGGCAAAGGCCUCGGUGAAGGGCUAUGAUGUGAAGCGGAUGUCCUUAGAGACACUGGAGGGCAUCCUGACACAAAGGCUGGCCAUGCCCAUCAGUCUGUUUAAAGGGCAGUGUGGGUGAGACGCUCUAGUUAACCAGCACACAGUUCAUCCAUCAUAGCCAGGGUUCUUCUGAGGUAGUGUCUACUCAAUGUCUUAAAGGGACACCAAAAAUUCAUACUUUCCCUCUUAUUUGCAGUGCUAUGAAUAUGGACAGUUUUGGUGUCAGCUGCUGAGUGUUGGAGAUAUCAGCCAUAGAGAUGUCUGCCUUCUCUGGAUUAUAAUGGAACUAGAUGGCGCUCAGCUUGUGGUGCUCAAGGCGCCAAAAAAAAAAAGCAAUUUAAAAUCGUAACAGCAAUGUCUCUUUCCAGAAAUCAUGACCUGGUUACUCAAGAUAAUCCACAGACCUUGUUGUGAACAGUUUCAUGUAGGAACUCUUUACUUUACCACACAACACCUGCCAACUGUAUCACUACGCAGAAGGAAGCGUGCAUCUACUCAUGGACAAGAGGCUCGUGCUCACAAUGGCUCCUCCUCAGCUGAGCUGUAACAGUAGCUAGCUCAGUGUUGCUGGGUGAGCAAGCAGUAGAUGCACGCUUUGUUCUGCACAGUGAUAAAGUUGGUGGUUCGGUAACUGCUCAUAUCAAGGUCUAAUGAUUAUCUUGCAUAAUCGGGUCAUGGUUUCACAAUUUCCCCCUGAGGAUCAAUAAAGUAUUUCUUACUCUGGUUCUAAUUCUGGAAAAAACAUUGCUGUUGAGUUUUUCAAAUAUAUUGUUUUGUCACUAUAAGCUCCGCAAGCUGAAUGCCAUUUAGUUCCAUUAUAUUUGAGAUGGCAGACAUCUCUACAGCUGAUAUCUCCAACACUUUGCAGCUCACACCAAAACAACCUAGACUGAUAAAUAGAAGAAAAAUUUGUGUUUAAUUUUGGGGUGAACUGUCCCUUUAGAAUGACUCCCUCAUGCUUUAGCUACUGUAUGA